AUGCGGAUCAGAAAGCCCUUCGCAGCUGCCUUCUCCAUAGUAUGCAUAUUCGCAGCCGGAGCAGGCUUCGCUCCCAGUCAAUAUGAGAUUCCGAGCUACAAGCAAAGCGACAAAGUCCUCCACUUCUUUACCUUCUUCAUAGUUACGACAGCCUUCUACUGGAUACUUGAGACCAAUCGACGGCGCGUACUCCAACUCACGGCCCUCGUCUGUACCUUGGGCUUAGGGGUAGGAUCAGAGUUCAUUCAGUGGGCCAUACCUAACGGUCGGGAAUUUGACCAAUUUGACAUUGUCGCAAACGUCCUUGGUUCCGGUCUCGCACUUGCUCUUUCAACGUGGUAUCAUAAGCGCAUGCUGGAGCGGAAGCGCGCUGCCCGGAGCUACCAAGCGGUUCCGGGAGAAGACUCCGAGCGAGACCUCGAGCUGGGUGAGGGUGUAGGCGAACAGGAAACCGGCGUCACAGGGACGGCUGCUGUGCAAGAGGAACUCGAUAACUGGGAUGAAAACGCAGAGGACUGGGAGACAACGGAGCCGGGAGAAAACAUGGAUGGUAAUAUUAUGAAGGAUACCCCGACUGAUGCGAUAGAUGGCAAGGCGAAGAGAAAUGAUUAGGCUUGCCGUGACGGUGACGACUAUACCUCAACAAAAUGAGAUUAUUGGAAAUGAAUUGUGUUCGUUAGGAAAAGUCAUAUCAGGUGGCCUAUACAGAUAUAUGAGAACGUGGGCAUUCACGAGCACACCGAAUACGCAUCUGCUGUUCGAUGUUGAAAAUAUGGGUCUGAUAUUGAUUUGCUUUUACAUACCUUAGUAGUGUGGUGCAAACAUGGGUCACCCAGAAACAUAUAGGAACCACCGCCAAGUGCCCACCAAGCUACCACGCAACACCGAACAGUUUGGUCCCAUUCUAUUUUUGAUUAAAUACAAAGUUCAAAUAAUCAUUAGAGG